AUGUAUAAAACGUCACUCAGCGUAUUAUUGAUAUUUCCUUUCAUAAGUUUGACGUCCACGCGUCUGUUUCGACAACCAGAAGCUAUAAAUAGCGAGAUCCAUGACAUUAAUAACUCGAACGGUCAUCUCGGACACCUUGAAGAUUUUUUGUACGGUCUACCUGAUAGCAAGACUGGAAGAAGAGUGGCAGAAUGGCACGAGAAUAUGGCUAGCAACCCGGAAGAGUUGGGCUCCUAUGUAGAAGGUGACAUUUUGUUCCCGAUGGGAACCGGAAGGAAUGGCUUAAGAGCGAGCUCCGCCACAUGGCCCAAUGGUGUUGUUCCUUAUAUUAUUAGUCCAUAUUUUGACGCUGAUCAACGGAGAGUGAUCUACGAGGCAAUGAACGAUUACCAUAAGUAUACGUGCAUUAGGUUCAAGCCAUACCACGGCGUGGAGACCGAUUACAUCAGGAUCACGGCUGGUAACAGCGGUUGUUGGAGCAGUGUGGGAAGAAUUGGUAGUUGGCAAAACGUGAAUCUUCAAGUUCCUGGCUGUGUAACAAGAAAAGGCACUGUGAUCCACGAACUGAUGCACGCUAUAGGCUUUUUGCACGAACAGAGCAGAUUCGAGAGAGAUCAGUUCGUCUCUAUCCAAUGGAAUAAUAUUCUAAAUGGCCAUGACAGCAAUUUCCAGAAAGCUUCGAAACAAACUACAGAUGACUUUGGCAUUGGUUAUGAUUAUAAUAGCGUGAUGCAUUAUUCGUCACACGCAUUUUCAAAAAAUGGGAAACCGACUAUAAUACCCAGAACGUCAAAUGAUUAUUUCAGCGAAGUUGAUAAAUAUUUUCAGGAUAAUGUUAGGAUCAAACUGGGUCAACGUGAAGGUUUCAGCAAGGGAGACAUUCAGAAAAUCAGGAGAAUGUAUAAAUGCAACCGCUAUGGUUGAUUUCACCUCCGAUUUCAAUUAAUCCUUGAAAUUCUGUUACUUGAGACACUUAAAACCAUCGAAAUGUAAAUAACAUUUUUAUUUCUUUCUUUCUUACAAUAUUACUGAUUCAAAAAUUUUUUUAAAUGUCAUUUGCACUCCUUUGGUUCAAAGUGUUUUAUUUAUGAUUAAUAGAUUUUUUCAAAAGUUCACCUGAACUGAUUUAUUAAAACCAUCACGAUAAUAAUAAGCUGAACAUGUAUUAAAAAUUUGAAAAAUUUAAAUUAAUAGAUUUUGAUUUUAAUAUUUCUUACAAAAGAUUGUUGGAAGAAAUUAAUUUCAAUUUAUGAAUUUUUAGAAAUAUAUUGUGCUUUAAUAUAUCAAAUAAUUUGUAAGUUAUGUUUCCGGUUGGAAAGGCCGUGGCCUACAGGUGGGAAAUACUUUGAAGUCAUAAAAGAUUUAUUAGAAUGUGUAAUGAUAAUACAAUGCAAUCACUGCGUAUUAGGAACAUUGUCGAAUCUACUAAACUCAGCACAAAAAAUCUGUGUGGGUAACCCUAGAAAUGUUGGGUCAGCUAAGCAGUGCUGCCUCCCCUCCUUCCGGAUCCGAGCCGCUGAUCGCUAUUGGUUGACGAUCCUCUACAUUUCCAAUAUUAAAAAAUGGCUCCACAUUAUAAUAAUGAAUGGUUAAUCUAGUCCUAGGUAUUAUAAUUUAUCGUUUUAUAUCAGAAUGUAAGAACGAAAUAAAGGAUUAUCUGUUUUAUUAUUUAUAACUGGGUAUAUUUCAUCGUGAAAUAUUCUAUUUAUUUUUGUCUGUUUUCUUUACAUUACAUCCAGAUAAUUACUAAUCAUUAAUUAAAUUUUAUUAGGAUCAAAAUAACAUAAUAAUUUUUUAUGUUGUAAUUUUAGAAAUUAA